AUGAAGAGAGUAGUCAAGUACACUAAGGACUUAGCACGUGAAGCCAUAGUGGCCUUGGAUAACUCUAGUACCGCAUCGAAUGAGUAUACGAGGUGGUUUAGCUAUGCUAACGCUAACAGAAUCCAGCUCUUCGUAGUAAAUACUAGCAGCUUCGAGGUAAUGGAAAGAUGCCUCCAAGCACCCUCAGGCACUGUGAAGUCUUAUGAAGAGGAUAGCCUGAGCCUGCAGAGACUAGUGUACGGAUUUCCUCCCGCGGGCGCUGUUUCCUGCAGGGGCGAGGUGGUCGCUAGCACUGUUCAUACUAGCGACCAAUUCUUCGGAAUUAACACCCUCAUCGACUGCCAUUCUUUCUUCAAAAAGCCCAGCACUUCAGAGAUGCUUUCCAACUGCCGAAAGGGGAAGUACUCCUCAUUCGUAGGCAUGAUUUUGCUUCACAAGAUGCAGCAUGUCAAUACUAUCAUUAGCCAGGGUAAGAGGUGUGUUGAUCCAGCAUGUUCUAGUAGAAGAUUUGGGUUUGAUUCUCUUCUUUUCCCUUUCUUUCGCCCUGAUAUGUUUGACUCAAUAACAAGCUUCCGCUUAGGGAUAGUUAGUCACUAUGAGAUACCAAUAUAA